UACUCUGCUCUAGCAGCUAUCUUAAUGAUUGCAAGUGCGGCGGACAUCAAGCAGGAGAAUGGGAUGGAAAGCGCCUCGGAAGGGCCGGAGGCGCACGGAGAAGUGGCGGGGGGCGCGGCGGCGGCGGCGGCGGUGGUGGUGGGGCUGAGCCCCCCGGCUCCAGCCCCUUUCCUCCUGGAGCCGGGGGACGUCGCGGUCGCCGCCGCCAGGGUGAGCCGAGAGGAAGGGGCCGCGGCGGCCGAUCAGGUACGACUGCACUCGGAACUGGGGGGCAGGCACCCGCGGCCGCAGCAGCAGCAGCAGCAGCACGCCGCGUCCAGCGCGCAGCCCCCGCUGGCCUUCUCCCCGGACCACGUCGCCUGCGUGUGCGAGGCUCUGCAGCAGGGGGGCAACCUGGACCGCCUGGCCCGGUUCCUGUGGUCCCUGCCCCAGAGCGACCUGCUACGUGGCAACGAGAGCCUGAUGAAGGCGCGGGCGCUCGUGGCCUUCCACCAGGGCAUCUACCCGGAGCUGUACAGCAUCCUCGAGAGCCACAGCUUCGAGUCGGCCAACCACCCGCUGCUGCAGCAGCUCUGGUACAAGGCGCGCUACACCGAGGCCGAGCGCGCCCGCGGCCGGCCGCUGGGCGCCGUGGACAAGUACCGGCUGCGCAGGAAAUUCCCCCUGCCCCGCACCAUCUGGGACGGCGAGGAGACGGUGUAUUGUUUCAAGGAGAAGUCGCGCAACGCGCUCAAGGAGCUCUACAAGCAGAAUCGCUACCCUUCGCCCGCCGAGAAGAGGCACCUGGCCAGGAUCACCGGCCUCUCCCUCACCCAGGUCAGCAACUGGUUCAAGAACCGCCGGCAACGCGACCGGAACCCCUCCGAGACCCAGUCCAAAAGUGAAUCAGAUGGUAAUCCUAGCACUGAAGAUGAAUCCAGCAAAGGACACGAGGAUUUGUCUCCUCACCCACUGUCGGGUGCAUCUGAUGGCGUCACCAACCUCAGCCUUUCCAGCCACAUGGAGCCAGUAUACAUGCAACAGAUUGGAAAUGCUAAGAUAUCGUUAAGCUCUUCUGGAGUUUUGUUGAAUGGAAGUUUGGUACCCGCAAGUACUUCACCUGUCUUCCUUAAUGGUAAUUCUUUUAUUCAGGGACACAGUGGAGUUAUCCUUAACGGACUAAAUGUGGGGAAUACGCAGGCAGUGUCACUGAACCCACCAAAAAUGUCUUCAAACAUUGUGAGCAAUGGCAUAGCCAUGACUGACAUACUGGGGUCUGCCUCUCAGGAUGUGAAAGAAUUCAAAGUCCUCCAGAGUUCUGCUGUGAACUCAGCAGCCACAACUUCCUACAGCCCCAGUGCCCCCUUGUCAUUCCCAGGCUUGAUCCCCUGCUCUGAGGUGAAAAGAGAAUGCAUUCAAACAGUAGCUUCCCAGGAUGGGGGCUCUGUGGUGACUUUUACUACACCAGUGCAAAUUAACCAGUAUGGCAUUGUCCAGAUCCCCAAUUCCGGAGCAAACGGCCAGUUCCUUAAUGGGAGCAUUGGAUUCUCUCCACUCCAGCUGCCUCCUGUCUCAGUGGCAGCUUCACAAGGUAAUAUUUCCGUAAAUUCAAGCACUUCAGAUGGAAGCACAUUUACAAGUGAGUCUGCCACAGUCCAACAAGGAAGAGUUUUCUUGAGCUCUCUGGCUCCUAGUGCUGUGGUAUAUACCGUUCCUAAUGCAAGCCAGACUGUAGGGUCUGUGAAACAGGAAGGCUUAGAAAGAAGCCUGGUAUUUUCUCAGUUGAUGCCUGUCAAUCACAAUGCACAAGUAAAUGCGAGCCUAUCUUCUGAAAAUAUCUCUGGGAGUGGCCUCCACCCGCUGGCCUCUUCGUUGGUUAAUGUAUCUUCAGCUCACAAUUUCUCCCUGUCUCCCCCUACACUACUAAACGCCACCGAGCUAAACCCUGACCUUGCCGAUAGCCAGCCCAUGUCUGCACCUGUGGCAAGCAAAUCUACUGUGACACCUGUCAGCAACACUAACUAUGCAACUCUACAGAACUGUUCCCUUAUUGCUGGUCAAGACCUAUUGUCAGUCCCCAUGACUCAGGCUACCCUUGGGGAAAUCGUUCCUACAGCUGAAGAGCAAGUGGGUCACACCUCACCAGCAAUGCACCAGGAUUUUGUCAGAGACCAUCAUUUGGUUCUCCAAUCAGUAGCUAACAUAAAAGAGAAUUUCUUAUCAAAUUCUGAGAGUAAAGUAACAAGCAGCUUACUGAUGUUAGACUCCAAAUCCAAAUAUGUCCUAGAUGGUAUGGUUGAGACCGUCUGUGAAGAUCUGGAAACAGACAAAAAGGAGUUGGCCAAGCUCCAGACUGUCCAGUUGGAUGAAGAUAUGCAAGACUUAUAAACUUCAUUCAACACACACACACACAUACACGCCCGCAUGUGGGCCCCUUUUGGCAUCAGCAGCAAAUGUUUUCGCGUGACCCUGAAGAUGUAAGGCAUUUUCCCUUAAAGGAAAAUACUACUUCUAUAAGUCAAUGCAUUCAAGAGACUUUGCAUUGGUCUGCAUGAAGAUCACACUUAAAAUGUAGGAGUAGAACUGCAUUGCUGCAGCCUUUUGGUUCACAGAUAAUGUCCUCUUUUACAUAGAUGGGAGACAAAGGAACCAAUUAAAUGUAUCGAGUCAUCGCAUAUCAUUUAGUUGGCAAUAUAAUUCUAAGGUCAAAGUGGAACUUGGUAGUAUUUUAAAUUAAAAUAUAUAUAUAUAUACCUAACAUAGACAAUUUAAUAGGGAUAGGCUGUUAGAAACAAUGCAGUUGUUUUUGUUUACUUUUACCCCAUGGGCAUUGAUAUGGUUAGGAAACAUAUAGUACUCCAAACUUAGUAAGGGUGUGUUUCUGAAGCUAAGUAGCUUAAGUAUAUAUGCAAAUGCAUAUAUACAUACAUUCUUUUUUUCAGCAUUUUAAGGAAAGUAUUAGUUUAAGUCUCUACACAUUUCCAAAUGUGAUUGUUAAUAAUUCAAUGUGGCAGAGGAAGUUGUAAGCUCCACUAAAAACUCUGAAACAAACUUCAGUAUGAAUGUAAAUAAGUCAGUUAUAAAAGCAGGAUUUGAGGAGGUACCAUGAAUUUUAUUUAUACUGCGUAUGUUUCUCUUACACUUCAGGCACUAGGA